UUUCCGACUUCUCCUGCGCCCUCACCCUCAUCUCCAGAGUACGAAGCGGAGACACCAGCGACUGUCCGAUACGGCGGCCUGGAGAUUGGUCGGCCCAGAGCGUAAACACGAUGCCCCCAGCACCUAGCCCUGCUGGCCGCGAGGGAUCGCCCCUGAUGGGAUAACAAUACAAAAGAGAAAUUGAAGUAACACGUGAUUAAGCAAAGAAGUUAUAUAACCCAAUAUCCAUCGUUGCUGGCUGAUGAAAAGAAAAGCGGUCAACCCGAUCGGGCAGGUGAAAUUACCAUAAAAGGCAACAUGGCGGCAGCGUGCGGCAGUACUCUAUCUUAGCCAAGCGCAAGCAGAAGCAGAAGCGCACAGUCACGGUGACAGUCUACCGAACACCCGGACAACACGCGGACGACGAUUUGCACGAUUCACUAAGGACAUGAUGGGACUACGAUAACAAUCAAGGAAGAUCGGCUCUCGGUUUUGAAAGUCCCAUACAGGGUAAUUGGAUGUUUGGAAAGCCAUUGUUUGGUCUACAAUGAAUUCGUAUGUUGAAGCGAUUUGGGGACAGACGCGACGCAUCUGCACCAGCCAUCCUGAUGACUAUCUCAUCAUACCACCCCGUUUUGGUCGUUCUUGGGGAGGUUUCCCUCUCUUAACCAUACAGGACAUCUUGCCUGGCGAGCCCAGUCUCGUCUUUCUGUUAACAUCGACAAAUUGGCCCCCAUCAACUUGAACUGGCGUUGGCUGGCUCUAGGAUGUUGACUGGCUCUGCGGGGCUGCAGGCUCCGGCAUCUGCACUGGUUGGAGGACUGGGCAAGUCUUUAUUGUUUGAAGUUCCGGGUUUAUUCGCCUGUCCCAUAUCAGUCGUCUUUGGUUGCAGUGGCCGGGACGAGGAUCGACUCGGUAGAUUCUCUGGAUGUUCGGGUUGCUUGUGAGCGCAGGAAAUUCGACCACUUCCCACAUGCUCCCUAUACGCCAGGUCUCUGGGGCCUCUUUGGUGAAGACAUAAGCCUCAGGAUGCAGCGCGGAGAUAGCCAGGGCUUCGAACAUGCAUAUCCCAAAUAUGUCUUGUGGAUCUUGCCCUGCUGCGGCGAGACGGAAUCGAUCUCUGUAUUCCCAGAUGAAGUCGCUUUGUUCAUGGUACCACUCGAGGCUGAUACCACUCAUCAAAUAGUAGCCAUCGAGCUGGUUACUGAGCAUCCACCCUCGGCAAAGAGCAAUACUGGCGACAUUGUUGGUAUCCAGAUCGAGGUUGGUGUAGAACCAUACCGGUCUGUGCGCUUCCGCUCCUCCUCCAUCAUUGGUGUCUCGGUAUCGAUCCACUAUCUCUAGCAUUGUAGGAAGAUUGAAGUCACAAUCCCACUGUCCAGUCGCUGGAUCUUUGACGCAUUGGCGGCGCUGCAACAAGGUGGCGUUUUGUGCGACGAUGGAGGCCUGGCAAACAAGGCUGAAGACUGCAAGCCACCAGAAUAUCAUCACCAGUACUUUGUGGCUCGGAAGGGUCUUCAUGCUUGCUGCGAUCGGCAUCAGAACCAUCUACAGCAGGAAGAGCUGAGGGAUUUGUUUACCGUAGACCAGUUUGUUUGUUGACCGAUCAAACAUUUCACAACUGAAAAAGACGCCCAUGGCAUUGAGAGACACCAGCACCUAUGCCGAUCUCAAAUGUCUCCCUUCAACAUUCGGCCGGUAUACAUAUGAAUGCGGUGAGAGAGUUUUGCCGCUCUCUCAAAGGUCUCUGCAGGGUGCAGUGAAGAGCUUGAGCAUGAGCAUGAGCAACUGACAAUGACCACGACGGCCAAGUGACGCCAUAUUGGCGGUGUUAACAGCGAGAACAUGCCUGACUUCACGAUCACUGCAGGCGAUAUGGGUAUCCAUCAAAGGUGACGGCUAUGUGAAGUACCUGUUGACAUUCACCGUCACUGCCAGCCACCACCCGAUCUUUACGACCUGUCUAUUUAUACCCUCUGCUGGUCCUCUGUUUACACAACAUCUCAAGCAUCACAAGAGCUGCCCGUUAUUCCUUCCUUUGUCACUAUCGUCAUACAAGAUGAUACGCUUUCCGACGCUCGCGCUGCUGGUGUUGCUACUGCUCGGCCUUGCAGGUAUUGCACAAGGUGGACUUUUCGAUCGCGCGCUGUAUCGCAAAGAUGACCGACCAAACCCGCCUUCUAGUGGUGCAUGGCGUGACUGGACCAUGAGCAAUGGUCCUCACAGUACUCCGACAACCUCCACCACGUCUCAACCUGCAACCUCUGGACCUGCGGCAAGUUCAACGACAUCUGUGACUUCCAGUGAAGCCUCUUCCAGCACAUCCCCAGGUCCAUCCUCCACCCCUACAACUUCCACUUCGGGCUCGUCGUCCUCCAGCAGUGUCGCUCCGGCAUCCUCCACGGUCUCAACCGCUACACAGAGCACAAAUUCCGCUGCGGGAACAACCAGUUCAUCGCAGUCACAAAACAGCGGCAGCUCGUCAGUUUCUGGGUCUUCUUCGUCGAGUUCAACAACUACCACCUCUCAGGUUGGAAGUGGCACCACAGCUGCGUCAAGCAGUUCGACGGGCUCUGUACCUACGGAAUCUUCUGCGGGCUCCAGCUCAAGCACAUCGGGCAGCGAAGCGACAACCCCAUCAAGCUCAGCAUCAUCUUCAGGCUCGACUUCAGCUUCCAGCGUGAGCGCAGCGAGUGGAUCCGGACAGAGCACAGGAAUACAGUCUAGCGCUUCGAGUGCAACUGGACAGCCACAGACUCAGACCUCAUCGUCGUCUUCAUCCACGAGCUCGAGUGGAUCUUCAGCAUCGUCGUCAUCGACUAGUGCGCAAGCAUCCGCGUCCAGCACCAGUGAUGUCGCUCAGAGCACGUCGACCAACUCUGGCACAGGAAGCCAAACCGAGAGCCAGUCCAGCGUACGGACAUCCACCUCAAGCCAGAGUCAAGGGUCUUCGAGUACAACUUCAUCCGAAACAACCCAGAGUCAACAAUCUGCAAGCAGUUCAUCAUUCUCCAGCGAGGCAGGAUCACAGAGCCAGACUCAAUCCACCAGUUCGACAAGUGGAAGCCAGACUCAGUCCAGUGCGGGAGGGACCACAACCUCGUCUGCAGAAUCCCAGAGCCCAUCGUCAUCCACAACAUCUACAGGACAGACCCAGACUCAGUCCAGUUCGCAGGAGACCACCUCAGCGUCCAGUCAAUCGUCACAAACAGUAGGACCUGGCAGCAGUUCGUCCUCCUCAACUGUUUCAGGACCUCCACCAGCGACUUCUCAAGCAUCAAGCAGCCCGACCACGGCCACCAGCGAGACCCAGUCGAGUUCAAACUCGGACUCGAGCUCCGCACCGGUCCUACCUCCCGGCCUUUUCAGCACUGAAGUGGUCUCUUCAUUCAGCAGCACGAUCCAGCAGAGCUCGACCACUUUCGUUACUGUCGUGCGGACUACGAUCAUAAUAACCUCUUCGUCAAGUGGGUUGCCUGGCAGCAUUUCCUCCGGCUCUUCCUCAAGCGGCCAAUCUAGCUCCUCAACCUUCGGGCUUCCACCUGCCACAAGCGAUCAGUCUUCCUCUCUACCCGAUGGCAUGGUUUCAUUCACGCCUUCUACCACUUCUGAGUCGGGAUUUUCAAUAAUUAUGCCACCGGUUACACAUUCGACGAAUUGCGACUUUGGUGUGAGCCCAUUCUGCGUCUUGUCUGGUUCUACGGUAACCACUGCACCAGGCAUCACAGCUGCUGCGAGUCAGGUAUUUUGCGCUUGUCCAUACUGCUGGCUUGGCGGCUUCUGCGACGAUAUCCCGAAACCCAGUGGUGGUAACUGUCCAGACUAUUGGGCAUGCUCAAUGACAGUACCACCAGGAAGCUCCAGUGCAGUCUUGUCCUUACCUACUGGCGUAAGUUGGAUGACCAGCUCACCUGCUACUUGGAACAUAACGGUGCCUGCCGUCACGAGAACAGAUGGACAUACAGACAUAACCAGCGUGUCUUGGACUGCGGACUUACAUACAAGCACGAAGCACGGAGACCACGGUGUCGAGAUCCUUAUCCCCUUUUUCCAAUGGAAAUGCCUCGGUCCUCUUUGUGCUAAAGAGUUGGGAAAUGCUCUAAUCGAAGCCCUUAUCAAUUGCCUGCUGAAAUUCAGAUGCAAGCCUCCAGGAAACAAUGGAUGGGAAUGGCCACCAAUUCCUCUACCCCCUCCCGUUCCUCCGGUCUCGCUUCAAUACUUGACAGCGCCAGUAACGACCACGGUGACAGCCAAUCCGACAGAUUCGCCAUCUGAAACAGACUCGGCAACCUCCACCGAAACAUCGAGCUCCUCUAGCUCAUCCAGUUCGUGUUCAGCAUCGGCAAUCUCCUUCUGCACCGUGGCAUGUGCAUCAGCGGUCAGCGGCUCGAUGACGACCUUGAGCUCUUGUUCCACUGUCUGCACCACAACCUCGGCUUGCUCCUCAACUGGCAGCGUAACUACGACCGCGACUGGAGAGGCUUGUUCUGCCAACACAUGGUGGAAUGACCCGGUGAUCAUGAGUUCCGUUUUGAGCUGGAUCUCCCAAUUCCCCGUGCUGAUGACAGAACCGACGGACUUUGGCAAUAGCUCUGUGCCUGCUGCAACGGCCAAUGCCACUAUCUCCAGCACCUCCUCUCCCGCAACCACCGGUUCUUCCACUAGCUUCAGCUCGUGUACUGAUGCUAGAUGUGCCUUGACCCAGAGUCCGACCUUCUCGACGAAGAGUUUCUUGACAGGCAGCUCGAGUACCCAGCCACCAUCGACAAGCAGCUCGAGCAAGCCAUCGCCGUCUACAAGCAGCUCGACUAAGCCGCCACCAUCGACAAGCAGCUCGACUAAGUCAUCGCCGGUCCCUUCUACCACUAAGACGUCUGAGUCUCGAACCCAAAAACCCGAGCCACCCAGCACUACGGGCUCCACAAAUUGGAUUACAUUUACCAGUGAGAAAUACGAUCCAAGCAGUGUCGUCGACAUCUAUACAAGUGUUGAGGAGGCCGCGUUUGGGCGCACCAGCUGCACUGGAACCUUCGAAAUCGCGACUACGUCGACGUUCAGCAGACCACCUGAUGCGUCCUUCACGUCCUGCGGUUCGUGGCUACCGCCCUAUAACGCUGAGACGCCUAAACCAAAAUCCGGCUUGGUCCACUGUUUGGAUGUGGACAAAUCGCCGCGGCUUAGUGCCUGGCCCUCGCAGCCCACGGACACUCCUCUGUCAUAUUUCUCUCCGUUCGAUCCUGAUGAAGUGAUUGGUGUUGCGGGAAAGUUCUGUGCCGCUCUUGUCAGCCAGAAAAUCAAGAUCGUCCCAGAGGCCAACGCAAAGGAUCCCGACUCGUACAUUGGUGAGUGUAAGAGAUAUUCCGAGAACCCCUCCCGGAAAGCACUCGAACAGUCCCGUCCGGCAGGCACGUAUGCUUUGGGAGGACGUACUAUCAAUAUCGCUCUCGCCUAUGACAAACGAGGCUGUUCGGGACCACCCUAUGACCUCAGUACACUCAACGGUGUCGACUUUGCCCAAUAUGCCGGAUCCAAGUGUCAGGCAGUCUUCUCCACGUCGCUCAUCCAAGGCUGCAAGUUGGAUGAUAAGGACGUCAAGGCGAUGGAUCUCGGCAGAUUCACUGCUAUCGGAGGUGUCGCUUGGCACGACUGUAUGCGAUGGACUCUCGUCGCUGUUGAUGACUCGCAUGCUCCUCCUGAUACUCUGUACGGACAAGACUGGUAGUUUCCGAAUCAGGAUGGCAAAUGACACAAUUCACCACCGUCGGUAUCAACACCCUGCCCAACAGAAGGAGAGAAGAAAGAGUCGCUGGGAGGGGUGGUUUCUUGGCAUGUGAGUGAGUGUUGCACAGAGGAAAGAAAAGUCGAUGGCGACAGGAGAUAUGGACGGGCAUGAGGAAGACCCAUUCUUCCAGUUUCCAGGGAAUCCAUCAGGAUAAUCAUGAAAGAAAUUGAUAUCUUCCGGGAGGUGAAAAUAGUAUGGCCUUUGGUCUUCCCCAUCAUAGAGAGACAAACAGAAUGACAAUGUUGC